AUGGCCGGCCCCGGUGGUGGUCCUCCACGAAGGAGCCAUACCAAGUCAAGGAAUGGUUGCAAGACUUGUAAGAGAAGACACAUCCGCUGCGACGAGACCUUUCCUCAAUGGUACGCCCAUACCUCGAUGGACCGCAACUGUACAAAGCACAACUGUCGCUGUGACUAUCAAGAUAUACCACUACCACUACCACUACCACUUGAUCACGCUACCAUUCCACAAUUCGACCAAGAUCGGGUGGUCCUUGCAAAUGUCGAAGCUGAGGUUCAACGAUGGCAUAGCAUGGGAUCGACUCCACAUCUGGAACUCGACGCCGGCUCAUACUCGCCUCACUCGAGCCUCUCUCGACUUGACUCCCUCUUGAUCCACCACAUACUCGGACUGUGCACCGACCUCGAUCAGCGCGGUCUCAGUGACUGCACGAUCUGGGCGCGCAUUCUACCAAGCUUCCUCACUCUGGCCAUGUCCAACGACUUUGUGCUGCGGGCAAUCUUGUCUCUAUCAGCUGCACAUUUUGCAUUUCUCACGCACAAUGUCGAGGUCGCAGAAUACACUCGACGGAGCCAAUCUCUCGCUUUGGACGGCUUGCAGACGGCCUUGAGUACGGAUCGGGUGGCUCGUUCCCAACAGGAUACGGAGUCCAUCGUGUCGGCCUUGAUUUUGCUGUCUUGGCAAGAACUGGGAUUCAUAUUGAGGGCCACGCCGCCGAUUUGGAAGCAAGACUCCAAGGUCAUUCACUACGCAGAGAGUCGCGAGGCCUUGAGCUAUCCGAACCACCCCCCUUCGAUACAUGAGAAUUUGCUCCAGCUCGAUUGCGCUUUACAGGCACUACGACUGGUUCAGGAACAGACUCUUUACCACGCCGUCUACGCUCGGCACCUCCAAAACCUGAUCGAUCUUGUACAGCGCUUACUUCAGGAUCUGCCCUACUACGAGACUCCGGAGCAGUUCUUCAAUGAGACGAGAAUCUUGCGGAGACGACUCCUAUGGUUCCUUCCGAGUCUGUUACGCGAGGCGGAGCUGGAAACCAGCGGACUCGUAAUACUGGCUCAAUAUUAUGCUGUUGCAGCCACGGUUGAUAGAUUGUUUCCACAAGCCGUCGACGCGACCUUCGGAACCGGCUCUGUUGUCGCCAUUGACGAGAUCUGCCGCGUUCUCGCAACCCGAAUGGCCACUUCCCCGCAGGAUUUAAAUCUCAGCCUCGAGUUGACCCUCCUCGACUUCCCACGCUACUGUAUGGCUCGACAUCAGGGCCAUCUCGCCUGGUCAUCACCCCCGUCCGCUGUGGAUAAUCACCCUUCCGAAUCAUCAAGUCCUUGUCUUGUGCUUCCAGACAAUGGUCUCCAUUCAGAUUCAUCGCCCCGAUCGGUUUCAUCUUCGUACACUGCGCCAACCCCUCCUCUUCAUUCCCCGUCAGCCAGCACAACGACCAACUCCUCCUAUAUCUCAACAACAUUCUAUCCAACCCCCGCCAUGUCCUCUCAUUCCUUGUGCUCGCCAUCACCGCAGAUUUUCGAUACCCAGAACUUGUCACAGGAUACGCACGGUGCAAGUUAUAUUCCAUUUGACUCUCACACGCCAUUUUAUAACUCAUUCAUGACAAGCGACCCUCUCUGCUCAAACAUGCCUUCCACCGCCAUGAGCGGAGGGCCCGGCGUCUCCUUUUACUUGCCUUCAUAUACCCUUGACAUGGCCCAGAACGAUUGUGUCUGA